CUCCCUCCUCCCCACAGCCCGCAGCCGGGAGGGCGGGCAGCCCGGCACCGCCCCCGCCGAGGGACGCCGGCGGCCGCCAUGGAGUGCUCCUCUUCAUGCCUUCCAAGCGCUGGAUAGAAGCAAGGCAAAAUACAUUUUCGGAGCUGAACCUCUUCCACUGCAGUUCUAAAGCUGCAGAACAACCUGACUCAUGCAAGACCCAGUUUUGAAGCAGGUGGUAGUACCCGGACUGUCUGCCUAAACUGCCUUCUUCCAUUGAAUUCAAACGCACAAACAAGGCUUCCUCUGAUAUUUGGGGGAGAGAUGGCAGCCUGUGAUGAAGAGAAGAGGAACAAGAGCAUGUUCAUGUUCUCCUAAAGUAAAGUAAUUGAUUGUGUGUUAAAGGCACCUUUAUGUUCUGCCACACAGAGAUGGUCAGCAGUCAGCCUCUCCCCAUAGCAGACAGUGGGAAAAGGAAAAAGAAAAAAAGAACCAGAGCCACAGAUCACGUCCCUGGCAAGUUUGAAGACUUGUACAAGCUGACUGCUGAGCUGCUUGGUGAGGGAGCAUACGCCAAAGUUCAGGGUGCUGUCAGCCUCCAAACUGGGAAAGAAUAUGCAGUAAAAAUCAUUGAAAAAAACGCUGGACAUAGUCGGAGUCGGGUUUUUCGUGAAAUAGAAACACUGUACCAGUGUCAGGGUAACAAGAACAUUUUGGAGUUAAUAGAAUUUUUUGAAGAUGAUGCAAGAUACUACCUUGUCUUUGAGAAGCUGCGAGGAGGUUCAAUCCUGGCCCACAUACAAAAGCGGAAGCACUUCAACGAACGAGAAGCCAGCAAAGUGGUGAGAGAUAUUGCCUCUGCUCUGGAUUUUCUUCAUACAAAAGGUAUUGCUCACAGGGACCUGAAGCCUGAAAACAUCCUGUGUGAAUCUCCAGACAAGAUCUCACCAGUAAAAAUAUGUGACUUUGAUCUUGGUAGUGGGGUGAAGCUGAACAGCGCGUGUACUCCAAUAACUACUCCCGAAUUAACAACGCCGUGUGGCUCUGCAGAAUACAUGGCACCCGAAGUGGUUGAAGUCUUCACGGAGGAGGCCACGUUCUAUGACAAGCGGUGUGAUCUCUGGAGCCUGGGAGUGAUCCUGUACAUCAUGCUCAGUGGUUACCCCCCUUUUGUGGGCAACUGUGGCACGGACUGUGGCUGGGACAGAGGAGAAGUCUGCAGAGUUUGCCAGAACAAGCUUUUUGAGAGCAUUCAGGAAGGCAAGUAUGAAUUCCCUGAGAAGGACUGGUCACAUAUAUCCUCUGAGGCCAAAGAUCUCAUCUCAAAGUUACUGGUUCGAGAUGCCAAAGAACGACUUAGUGCUGCUCAAGUUUUGCAACAUUCAUGGCUUCAAGGACAGGCUCCUGAAAGAGGAUUACCUACCCCUCAAGUUCUUCAAAGGAACAGUAGCACAAAAGACCUGACCCUUUUUGCUGCGGAGGCGAUAGCCCUGAACCGCCAGUUGUCUCAGCACGAGAAUGAGCUCAGCGUGGAGCAGGAGAACGUGGCCCAUGCUGUGUGCUCCAUGAAGCUUUCUCCUCCGUCCAAGUCCCGCCUCGCCAAGCGCAGAGCGAUGACGCACGCCACCAAAAACAGUGACUUUCAGCCAGUUCCCCAUAAAGCCUUUUAAACUUUUUCCUGCUAUGGAUUGGCAACACCAGCCUGUGUUCUUACUUGGAUUUGCAGCGCUGAUAAAAGCUUCUCUGCUUCUGACUCUUUGACUAGAAGCUUGCUCUUGUGUUGCGACUUGUAACUUUAAGGGGACGGCUUUUUAUGGGAAUGUUUUUUGCCUGUCAGAUUUGGUGCAUUAAGAUAAUUUAACUGAUCUUUUUAAACUAGAGAAGGUGAGUUUGCUGCUGUAUUAUCUGAGGUGAUAAAUCACUAAGCUUUCCUUAUUUUCUUCUUAGAAGAGCAUGCUUUAAAACGUGAACUUGAAAACAUCAGAAGGAAAAAACCCCACUUUCUUGCUUUCCCUGGCAGAGCAUCAAGUCUCUCCGUUCCUAUGGGUGCUCUCCUUGAUGGCACAUCUUGCCCAGUGCCACUACUGGUGCCAGCAGCAGGGGCUGGUUUCAGCCAGCAGCACCCUUCUCUCUUUCUGUGGCCUCAGGAAACAAAGACAAUGACUGGAUGGAUUUGUCUCCAUUGUCCUUGUUGGGCUUAAAUUGUAUUGGGGAUGAUACUGUGAAGGUUCAAGGAUCACUCAGGCUUUUAGAGAUGAAGAGGACUGGGUUGCUGUUUUUAUCCUGUUGGUAGUUUGUGUGUCAGCAUGUGGGAUGAAAGCUGGGGGGGUGUUAUUUCUUUAUCUGAUAUCUUUUUGUUCUUAACUCAAAUGUAUUCCAUCUCAUCUUUUUCAUGUGUGUGUGUCCAGUGUGUCCCCUUCUCUGACAAGUUACAUUCUGAAGUCUGAUAACCACAGUAUAACAGGCUGUUUUUCGAACAGUUUAUACUUAGUAUCUGGGUUUUUUUUCCUAUAUUAAUGCUAAUCCUCAGUUAUACCUUCCUUUCUGUGAACUCAUAUUUCUCCCAAGUCCCUCUGUAUGUGUUACCUGGAGUUAUUAAUGUGAAUGGACAGGCUUCGGGGAACUUUGGUGUGUGCAUAAUUCAGGAUUAUCGAAUGCAGAGGUACUUCUGUGCAAAAAUGGUGCUGCAGCUGUUGCAUUCUGCCUCCUGCAGUGAUCUCAGGCCGAGUGUCUAGAUUUUCACUUCCACUAUUGGUACCGUGAUGCACCAGGGGUCAGGGGUCAUUUGGAAGGGCUGAAAAGCUGGAUAUUUUGAGUGACCAAGGUUGAGGUGUCCGUGGAGAAGGACACGGAUGUUGAGCACUUUCUGAAACGUAAGCUGUGAAAAUUGGGCCGCGAAGGUGCCCGGCCUGAUGCACCUUAAACUUGUCAGCUCAUUUCCGAAGCCCUUUGCCAGGGCGUUGAGUGCAGGGUAGAGGUGGGGUGGAGGAGGUCUCCCCCCCAAAAAGUGCCAGCACAAAACCCUCCCAAGGAGAAGGAGCAACGUAGCAGGUUCCAGCAGGUGCUUGGAAAUGGAAAGGGCAAAGCUGAAUGUCUUUGCAUGGCCUAUUCAGAGCGGUUUUAUGUUAUCUUUUAGCAAUGUGUGUACAGGUAUUUUUAUACAACAUGCUGUAUUUUGUGACUAAUAUUAAAGUUGUUAUUUAAAAGUUUUUAUACAUUGUGCCAGUGGACGGAUUAUGAAAUGUAUUUUGCUUUGUUUUUAUUAAAAUGUUUUAAGUUAUGGAUUUAACAGA